GCACCGGAAGUGUCGCAUCACCCGGCGGCGGUUGCGGCCCGGUCGGUGCGGGCGGCUGCGCGCUGUGCCGGUAUCACCGGUACCGCCGGUACCGCCGGGCCGCCCCGCAUCCACCCGCUCCGUCCCCGCCCCGCCGCCAUGGGCACCAGCGGCUCCAAGUCCCGGGGGCUGUGGCCGUUCGCCUCCUCGGCGGGUGGCGGCGGAGCGGAGGGUCCCGGCGGGCAGCAGGCCUUGGCCAGGGCGCGGGGCGGGCGAGCGGCGACACCGUUUGUGUUCACACGGCGCGGCUCCAUGUAUUACGACGAGGACGGGGAUCUCGCCCACGAGUUCUACGAGGAGACGAUCGUCACCAAGAACGGGAGGAAGCGCGCCAAGCUGAAGAGGAUCCACAAGAACCUGAUACCUCAGGGCAUAGUUAAGCUGGAGCACCCUCGCAUUCAUGUGGAUUUCCCCGUGAUCAUCUGCGAGGUGUGACUGCUGCUGCCCGUGGGCGAGACGGACCCGAGUGUUGCCACGCGAGGCUGCCCUGUGUUCCCAGCAAAGGAGGACACUGAGACGUGGACCGUGGCUCUCCCUCGCCCAGAGGCCAGGCAGGACGGAGCAGGCUUGGCUGGGCUGUACUUGGCUGCUGCUCCUCAGAGGAGAUGGGUGCCCUCGUGCAACAACUGCAUAAAAACAUCCUCGCUUGAGUCAAAAGACUUAAAAUACCUUUUGUAGCCUCUAGCCGACAUUUGGAUGGGUAACUGGAACUGCACACGAGCUGCUGUGAGCUGCUGAAGGGAGAGGGAGCCUACACUUCUUGCCAGACGAAAUCCCCUGCUUCUCAGGUAUGCGGCCCAGGGAGAGCCAGGGCAAGGAGACUCUGCCCGGCAGGUACGUGGCUGGUGUUGCAGCAGCGUGUGGUCUGGCAUGGGCACCGUGCAGUGCUCCACAGCAGGUCUGUCCACAGAAGAUAACCGGAAGCUGGUGUGGAAAUGCAUCCGGCUGAGUGCUGUGCUCCUCUUGGGAUGGGGACAGAGGUAGGAUGCCGUUAUCCUGCUGCCUGUCUCUUCCUCGUGUGUGUUCCCUGCUUAACACUGGUUCUGGGGAGCUCAGCCCUGCCGCUGCCUGCACCGCAGACCCUGAGAUCUCUGCAGUGCAGAGCUGUCUGGGUUCCCCAGCAGCAUCUGCCUGCCCCGUCUGCCCACUUGUGCUGUGGGAGCGAUCUGGCUCCUGCAGAGCACGGUACCUCCCAGUGGGAACAGCCUCGGCAGGGCCAGGCAGGAAGGAAAUCAUCACUUCCCUCCCCGUUCCUCUCAAACAAUCGCUCGGUAGCCUGCCCUGGCUUGGAAAUCUCCCUGGCGAUGUGAACUACGGUUCCUCCCUCGCCCCGUGCCCCAGCUGGCGGCAGGAGGAGAAAUGUGAUGCACUUUAAAGGGAGGCUUUCUGCCCGUCUGGGAAAGCCCUGCUCUCUUCUCCCCUCCCACUUGAGCAGAUUGGCCUCGGCCAUGCCGCAAAAUUCUUCACCUCUGCAUAUGGGCGCUGGGUGCCGAGCUGGCUGCUGCUGGGUUGUGAGCAGCACAAUCCGAGCACUGGUGGCCCCUGCUCAGCCUCUCUGUGCAUACGGAAGGGGUUGGAGGACAACCCGUGUGUCGUCCCCGGGGCAGCGGGUGCAGAUUUUGCCCAGCUUGCAGCCUGCUCCCACAGCAGCCAGCUUUGCAUCCCCUCCUUUUUUGUCCCGGAACUUAUUUACUUUCUAAGCACUUCAGACGUUCGCUACCUCGAUUUUUGAUUUAAGCUGCCAGCUCUUGGCUGCCGGCCCUAUCGGCGUCUGCGUGGGACGUAUCCAGCCCUUUGCCCACCGAGAGCCGCAUUCCUGGCUUCUGGGAGAUAACGGCAGCGUGGCUGUUGCCGUCUUCCUGUCACCGCCUCUUCCCUCCGUGUCCCCCACCCGCUGUUCCCAUUGACAGGGGCCAGCGCGGAGGGCGAAGCGGAUGGGCCGGGCUCCAGCGGGGAGCUGGGCUACACUGUGAUGCUGGGCAUUUCUCUCGACAUCUUUUGUUCUCCCGCUUGCUUGGAAGAGUCUGUCUUCAAACAAUCCCCCACUGAAGUGUUUCUUAUUCACGCCACCUGCUCAGAGCGCGGCCUCAUGAGAACGGCGUCUCCGGGGCCGCUUUUGUUCUCUCCCGGAGGCCGCCCUGCCCCUUCCACCCUUCCCCCAGGGCACCGCACACGCUUCCCCCCAGCCCAUGUAUUUUUUCCAGCCCUUUUCCCUGGGAGGCAGCAGCACCGAGCUCCUCACCGAGCUGCUCCUCACAGCCUGGCCCCAUGGUGCUGUGUGGGGCAGGCAGGUCCUGGGGGUCUGGGGGGAGCUGGAGAAACGUGAUGAACGUGUAAAUAGUGUCUGUGUGCGCUGUGGCGUCGGAGCAAGUGAAACGAGGACGUUUCCUUCCUAUUUCUUUUUUCUUUUCCUUUUUUCACGACUUUGUGCAGUUGUGCUUUCCCGUGUGGAUGUGUAGCCGGAUCGUAAUCACAGCACUAGUUGUGCCGGUGGGAAGCGCGGGGUUGGGAGACAAACACUAUUUAUGGCCCUUCCUUUGCCUCCCCGCGCAUCUGUCCACUUUUGGUAAACUUCAAUAAACUUCUUUGUAGAUCCUGCA